UAAAUUAGGUCAAACUUACCCAUCCUUUUCUUUCAUUGGCUCCCCUUGUAUGCAUACAAACUCAGCCAUCUUCAAGAUUCAACCCUAUAAAUAGUCCACUCCUUGUGAUUAUCACUUAACCAAUAAAAAGACAUUGAGAGAGAGAGAGAGAGAGAGAGAGAGAGAGAGAGAGAGAGAGAGAGAGAGAGAGAGAGAGAGAAUGGAAAGAUCAUGUCAUCCUUUAUUGAGGGGAGGAAGGAGAGAACAUAAGUACAGUCAUGGGUUCUCUGCUGCUGAAAUGGAGUCAUUAGCUAGCGUCUGUGAGGUUAUAUUACCACCCCUGCCAGUUAAUUCUCUAGAUGCCACCGGAAAGGAUGGCCAAACCAACAAGGCAAUUCAAUUCUUCCACGAAACUUCUGGUUCUCAAAAUUCAAUCCCUGAAGAGGUUGCUGAGCUUAUAGUUAAAAGAGGAUUCUUUGAAGCAGUGAUCUUGGUAAGAGUGGUUUUAAACAUCCUAUCCACAAGGCUGGGGACGCUGCUGCUCUGUGGUUCUCUUUGUUUUGGUGACAAAUGGCCAUUCUUCAACAAGUUCUCACAAAUCUCCUUGGAGAAGAGAGAGAGGGUCAUCCAAAGAUGGUUCAAGCACUGGUUUUUGACACCCAUCAGACUGGCAUUCGUAUUUCUCAAAUUCUUAUGUCUCUAUGCAUUCUUCUCCCAGGUUAAUGGAGAUGCCGAGAAUCCUACAUGGGAAGCCUUGGGGUAUCAAGUAGGCACUGAUGACAACUUGUCCAAAGACCAAAAGAACAGACCACUUCAAAAAGGAGUAGUAGAAACCAUACAUGAGAAUGAGCCAGCCCUCCUACAAACCCUCAAACAGAAAGGCCUCAAAGUGACUGCACAUCCAAAUGAGUACAAAAUCGAAUGCGACGUCAUAAUAGUGGGCUCCGGUUGUGGUGGAGGCGUCGCGGCUGCUGUUCUCACGAACUCCGGGCAAAAAGUGGUUGUCAUCGAGAAAGGCAACUAUUUUCGUAGCACAGAUUAUUCCAUGCUGGAAGGGCCAUCCAUGAAUCAACUAUACGAAAAAGGCGGAAUAUUCUCAACCCUUGAUGGGAAAAUGAUGAUCUUGGCAGGAUCAACAGUGGGUGGUGGUUCGGCAGUGAACUGGUCGGCAUGCAUCAAAACACCAAAGUUUGUGCUCCAGGAAUGGGCUGAGGAGAACAAAAUCCCGCUUUUCUCAACCCCUCAAUAUCUCUCUGCCAUGGAAACAGUGUGCGAAAGAAUUGGUGUUACGGAGAAAUGCAAGCAAGAGGGGUUUCAGAAUCAAAUCCUCCGUAAAGGGUGUGAAAAACUCGGUCUAGAUGUUGAGUGUGUGGCACGAAAUUCGACAGAGUGUCAUUACUGUGGUUCUUGCUGUUUUGGGUGUAGAACAGGAAACAAAAAGGGUACUGAUUCCACUUGGCUGGUUGAUGCUGUGGAUCGUGGUGCAGUGAUCAUAACGGGAUGCAAAGCCGAGAGAUUCAUACUAGAAGAAAACAAGCAUGGCGGAAAUAGAAGAAAGAAGUGUUUGGGAGUGAUAGUGAAAAGUCUAAACAAAAGCAUUACAAAGAAGCUGCAUAUUGAAGCCAAAGUAACAGUCUCAGCAUGUGGUUCCUUAUUGACACCUCCCCUAUUGAUUUCAAGUGGGUUAAAAAACAAACACAUUGGGCGCAACCUUCACCUCCACCCUGUUCUAAUGGCGUGGGGAUACUUUCCCGAAUCAAAUUCAGAGCUCAAAGGGAAACACUACGAGGGCGGGAUAAUCACUUCAGUGCAUAAAGUGUUGUCCAAUGAAUUCAACGUAAGAGCGAUAAUAGAAAGUUCUGCAUUAGGGCCUGGACAAUUUGCUGCACUAUGUCCUUGGGAGUCUGGACGAGAUAUUAAAAACAGGAUGCUUAAAUAUGGUCGAACUGCUCAUUUGUUUUCUAUGGUUAGGGACCAAGGCUCUGGAGAGAUUAAGCAUGAAGGAAGGAUAAGCUACAAGUUUGGUAAAUCAGACAGAGAAAAUAUGAAAGCUGGGUUGCGGCAAGCGUUGAAGAUUUUGGUGGCAGCAGGAGCAGUUGAGGUGGGAACUCAUCAGAGCGAUGGGCAGAGAAUCAAAUGCGAAGGGAUUACAGAAGAGGAAAUGGAGGAGUUUUUGGACAAUGUUUAUGCAGCUGAGGGACCUAAGUCGAUGGUGGAAAAUUGGACUACAUACUGCUCCGCCCAUCAAAUGGGGAGUUGUCGGAUGGGGGUCAGCGAAAAGGAAGGCGCGGUUGAUGAGAAUGGGGAGACUUGGGAAGCAGAAGGCCUGUUUGUUUGUGAUGCUAGUGUCCUACCUAGUGCUGUUGGUGUCAAUCCGAUGAUCACCAUUCAGUCAACUGCUUAUUGCAUAUCCAAGAAGAUAGCCAAAUCUUUGGCAAAAACUCUGUAAGCUCGAUCACAGUGCUAUUUUGUGAAUAAUAAGGGACAGAAUAAAGAAGCCAUUGUGUGAAUAAUAAGUUUUCAGCAGGCAUCAUACUCAACAUCCGUGUUCUUGUAAAGUCCUAGUGUCUUGUUACAAUUGAGAAAUGAUUGUCAAGCGUGUCUGACAUUGUAUUUAUUCCUGUGUAUGAGAAUCUGCUACAAAAACUAGAGAGAGCAGAACAGACAAGUAGUUGACAAAAGUUUUCUUCUUCUGUCAACAAUUAUCAUCUGGUAUGAUAUAACGUGCAUAGUUGGAAAUGAAAAUUCGGUUGAUUA